AUGAAGCCGCAGGUCCGCAUCGCAUCCCGUCUUCAAGAUGCUUCAGCCGCCACUGCUGCUUCUUCUUCUGCGACGAGGGCGAGGCCUUUAACCACCACACAGACAGCGCCGCAAGUGCAAGUGCACAGACAGCAGCGGCCUUUCAGCGCGCAGCCGGCGCGGCGAGGCGGCGAGGCAUCCAACCCGGCCAUGGCCUUCCCCUGCCUCGACGCCCUGGAGACGCGGUCGGCCACGCUGCGGAAGCAGACGCGGUCCGACGCCAGCGGGCCCGAGCCGUCGUACACGGCCGGCGCCACCCAGACGUUCCACUGCGCCGAGCCGCUGCUGCUCGACUGGGGCGGCCGCCUGCGCGAGUUCGACAUCGCCUACGAGUCGUGGGGCCGCCUCAACGCCGACCGCUCCAACGCCGUGCUGCUCCACACAGGCCUGUCGGCCUCGUCCCACGCCCACUCUACCCCCGAGAACCCCCAGCCCGGCUGGUGGGAGAAGUUCAUCGGCCCCGGCCUGGCCCUCGACACGGACCGCUUCCACGUCAUCUGCACAAACGUCCUCGGCGGCUGCUACGGCUCCACCGGUCCCAGCAGCAUCGACCCCGCUGACGGCAACCGCUACGCCACCCGCUUCCCCAUCCUGACCAUGCACGACAUGGUCCGCGCCCAGUUCCGCCUGCUCGACCACCUGGGCAUCGCCAAGCUGCACGCCAGCGUCGGCUCUAGCAUGGGCGGCAUGCAGUCGCUAGCCGCUGGCGUGCUGUUCCCCGACCGCGUCGGCCGCAUCGUGUCCAUCAGCGGCUGCGCCCGCAGCCACCCCUACAGCAUCGCCAUGCGCCACACGCAGCGCCAGGUGCUCAUGAUGGACCCCAACUGGGCCCGCGGCUUCUACUACAGCCGCGUGCCGCCCCACGCCGGCAUGAAGCUGGCCCGCGAGAUCGCCACCGUCACGUACCGCUCCGGCCCCGAGUGGGAGCUGCGCUUCGGCCGCCGCCGCGCCGACCCCAGCAAGCCCCCCGCCCUGUGCCCCGACUUCCUCAUCGAGACCUACCUCGACCACGCCGGCGAGAAGUUCUGCCUGACCUACGACCCGAACAGCCUGCUCUACGUCAGCAAGGCCAUGGACCUGUUCGACCUCGGCGCCGACAGCCAGCGCACCACCGCCGCUCGCCGCGCCGACCGCCUGCGCUCGCUGCAGGACGGCGCCGACGACGAGACCACCGACGCCGCCACCUGCGGCCUGACCCUUCCUGACACGCCGUACGAGGAGCAGCCCGACCCCUCGUCCAGCAGCAACUCGCCCGGCGACGAGGUAGCGAGCGAAAACAACAACCCCGCCACAACUCAGCAGCACCCGCAACCGCCCGCGGACCUAGUCGCGGGACUGGCGGCGCUGCAGAGCCACCCGACGCUAGUGAUGGGCGUGGCGAGCGACAUCCUGUUCCCGGCGUGGCAGCAGCGCGAGGUGGCGGCGGCGCUGCGGCUGGCGGGCAACGAUAAUGUCUCACACUUUGAGCUGAGCGAGGAGCAGAGCAUGUUCGGUCACGACACGUUCCUGCUAGACGUCAAGAAUGUCGGCGGCGCCGUGGGGGAUUUUCUUCGGUAG